GACGUCAAACAUCACUUUUCUUACCAGUCCCAAAGAUCACCAGUUGACGUCACCAUGCCUCUGGAAUGGCUGUUUGGGAAGAAGAAAACGCCAGCAGAAAUGCUGAAACAGAACCAGCGAGCGCUGAACAGGGCCAUCCGAGACCUGGACAGGGAACGGGGGAAGUUAGAACAGCAGGAGAAAAAGAUCAUCGCUGAUAUCAAAAAGAUGGCAAAACAAGGACAGAUGGAUGCUGUAAAGAUCAUGGCGAAGGAUCUUGUCCGAACGCGCCGCUAUGUUAAGAAGUUCAUGUUAAUGAGAGCGAACAUCCAGGCAGUGUCGCUCAAGAUCCAGACGCUCAAGUCCAACAACGAAAUGGCAACGGCCAUGAAGGGGGUGACAAAAGCCAUGGCCACCAUGAAUAAACAGCUGAAGUUGCCCCAGAUUCAAAAGAUUAUGAUGGACUUUGAGAGACAGUCCGAGAUCAUGGACAUGAAGGAAGAGAUGAUGAACGAUGCUAUUGAUGAUGCAAUGGGGGAUGAAGAUGAUGAAGAUGAGAGUGAUGCCAUUGUGACACAAGUACUGGAUGAGCUGGGACUACAACUUACAGAUGACCUUGCAAACCUACCAGAGACAGGAGGGACCAUCGCAGUACAGAAGAAACAGGAGCCGGCUGCUGCUGCAGCCGCAGCGGGAGGGGGGCUUAGCGACGCCGACGCUGACCUGGAGGCCAGACUCAACAACCUCAGGAGGGACUGAUGAGGGGUCAGGUGGGGUCAGGGGUUAGUUACAUGGUCAAAGGUCAUGACAUAAUGUGUUGUGUCAUAUGGAGGUCAUGUGUAAAGAAAAAAAAAUCUGAAUUACAUGUAGGUAAAUGAAACUGAAUAGAGAUUUUUGUAUUGUAUAUCAAGGUUUUUUUUUUUUCUUUCGAUCAUUGUAAAGGCUACAGUAUUUUAAGAAUUGGGAGUAUCUGUAAGGUUUUUAAACUGCUGAAAAUGAAAAUAAGAUUGUUCUAAACUUUUGGCAAUGACAAAAAAACAAAACACUUGGUACCACUAUGUCAUACGUACAUGUAGCAUUUUGUAGGCAGAAAAUAGCUUCCAAUUGUGAUGUUUUCUUUUACUCCGUACAUGUAUGUACCAGAGAAAUUAAGGUCAAUUUUUUAAGAGUUCAAGGUCAAAGCUUUCAAGGUCACGAUUACAACCUGAUAACCCUUUGUGUGUUUGUCUAUCAGAACAUGAUAAUGUAACCGUGGAUCUCUUUGGACUAGAUAGCAAAAAGUAACUGCUGAUGCAAAGAAUUCACCCAAUGAGAGAAGUGUUCAUAUCAUGCAUUGAUACAACUGAAUAUAUUGCUGCAAAAUAUAGCAUAAACAGAAAGCAAGGAAUCUACGUUUGAGAGUUAUGUAAACUCAUUAAACUGAAACUUUGAUAUGAGUACUUACAGCUGAUGUACAUGUACACCUUGUACAGGUUUUGCAUAACAUUCAGCUUUAAAUGUCUGUGUAUAAAACAAUUGAUAUUCAAGUCACCUUUGAAAGUAUAAUUCCUUGAUGGUAUGUUUUGUGGUGUAUCUCUACAUAUUACUCUUGUCUUCUUUUAUCAGUAAUAGUUUUGUGUAGCAUUUUCAUUACUGUUGCCUUGUAGAAUAAUACGCCAUUUAAUAACAAAUUUUUGACAUGAAUAGCCUAGAUAGCACAUAUUUUUAGAUAUCAUAAUGCAUUCAGUGUAAUGCACAAAAUAUGUACAUACCGGUAGGAAAACUUUCCCCCAGAAAAUUCACAUUUAUCAAUAGGUCAGGGAGGUAUGGUUGAAUGCACCAUUGAACAUCAAAAUUAACCACAUUUGGAUAUUCAGCAACCAGAAAAGUAUUAUUCUUAUCAUUAAUAAGUUACAAUUAAACCAUAACUCAUUACCACAAAACAACUCCAGCUAUUUAUAGUCUUUAGUAAUAAUUUUCUAGCCACUUGAUCAUAAAACUCCCUACUUGCUGUAUCAGAUAUUGUUGGCUGAAUACUGUACAUUGUUUUUUUAAGGAUUAUGUCAAGCAUCAAGACUUAAUAAAAAAAAUAUACAUGUUCAUCACAAGA